AUGUCUUCUUCAUCCGCACACUACGCCGAAAAGGCUCCCUCCAUCAACGAGACCAGCUCCCUCGAGCCCCAGACCAAGGGCGGUCUUGAGAACCUCGAGGAGCAGCAGUCCUGGAACUGGUUCACCAUCCGUACCCUCAUCACCUCCGGAACUGGUUUCUUUACCGAUGCCUACGACGUCUUCAUCAUCAACCUGAUCGUUCCCAUGUUGGGCUACGUCUACUUCAAGGAAACCGGCGGACACAUCCCCACUGGCACUGAGGGUGCCCUCAAGGGUAUGGCCUCCGUCGGAACCCUCAUCGGUCAGCUCGUCUUUGGUUACCUCGGUGACACCUACGGUCGCCAAAAGAUUUACGGUAUGGAGUUGAUGAUCAUCAUUCUUGGUACCUUGCUAUGCGCCAUGGCCGGAUCCAACGCCAAGGGCUCCACCGUCAUCGAGUACCUCACCUUCUGGCGCUUCAUCCUCGGUAUCGGUAUCGGUGGUGAUUAUCCCAUGUCUGCCACAGUCACCUCCGAGUGGGCCUCUGCCGGUCGCCGCGGUCAGCUCAUGUCCAUCAUCUUCUCCAUGCAGGGUAUCGGUAACAUGAUGGCCUCGGUCAUGACCCUCAUCGUCCUCGCCUGCUUCAAGACUGCCAUCCAGGCCGAUGUCGACAACCUCGACUACGUCUGGCGUAUCUGCGUCGGUCUCGGUUGUCUCCCUGCCGUCUCCACCAUCUACCUCCGCUUGACCAUGCCUGAGUCUCCCCGUUACGCCAUGGAUGUCGAGAACGAUGUCGAGAAGGCCAACGCUGCCGUCGCCCGUGCCACCGACAACGGAGCCACCACCACCACCACCGCCGCUGAUGCCGUCGCCAACCAGGCUGCCGUCGCCGAGGCCAAGGCCAAGCGCAACCACAACCGUGCUUUCAUGGAAUACUUUUCUCGCUGGGAGAACCUCAAGGUCCUCAUCGGUACCUCCUCAACCUGGUUCUUGCUCGACAUUGCCUUCUAUGGUAUCUCCCUCAACCAGUCCUACGUCUUGAACGCCAUGGGUUUCGUCGGCAACGGUGAGGUCUUUGACAACCUCUGGAGAACUACCCUCGGCAACUUGAUUGUCUCCCUCCUCGGUUUCGUCCCCGGUUACUGGUUCACCGUCUUCCUUAUCGAGAAGAUGGGCCGUAAGAAGAUCCAGUUCAUGGGUUUCGCCAUGUUGACCAUCCUCUUCUUGAUCCUCUCGCUCGCCUUCAACAAGCUCAAAACCAUCGUGCCCCUCUUCGUCGCCGUCUUCACUUUGGCCCAGUUCUUCUUCAACUUCGGACCCAACACCACUACCUUCGUCGUUCCCGGUGAGGUUUUCCCCACCCGUGUCCGCGCCACCGCCCACGGUAUCUCUGCCGCCUCUGGCAAGCUCGGUGCCAUCUUGGCCACCUUCCUCUUCAACAAGGUCGCUGAGAUCGGUGGCAAGACCGGUGAGCACGCUUUCUUGCCCCAGUUGCUCGGAAUCUUCGCCGGUGUCAUGGCCCUCGGUUUCUUCGCCACCUUCCUCAUCCCCGAGACCAAGGGUAUGACCCUCGAGGAGAUUGAGAAGCGCGGCAUGAGCCCCGAGGAGCUUGAGGUCUAUGAGGCUCGCCAGAAGUAA